GCCAGGCCCCAUUUCCUCCUGCUUUUUCCAUCACAAAGUUGACGGUCUUUGAGUCUCAAAGGUGGACCGCCAUGAUCGUCAUUUUCCAUUGUCACGUUGUGGUAGUCUGUUAAAUGAAAACAUGGUGCAUUGUGUAGAGUUGUGGUGAGGGAGGCACAUUUGUAGGCCAGACUGGAACGAACAAGAGUGGGCUCAGAUUUCUUGUCCUAAUAUUUCCGACUUUCCAGUGCUGCCUUCAAGUCAUGUACAAAAAUCUGCAAAGUCAAUAUUUACCUGGAAACUAAAUGUUUUAUUCGUUGGAAAGUUACGCAAUUUAAAUAAUAGCGUAUACAAUGUAACCGAUAUGUGAUAUGUUGUCUUAUUGUGAGACAUGUGAAUGAAAAAAGGUCGUGUGAAUUGUUUUUGAUGUAGUUGUAGGUUUUACGUGGCGUCCCUGAAAGCAACUGGACGAGCAGUCCAAGCAGGCAGGAUGCAGACCAGAAGAACAGUCAAGUACAGUUCGGGUUUCCUGGCGGACAAAGCCCAGUUAAAUUCCGUUUAAUCUUUUUUUUUUCGUUUAACCACAACCGAACGUCUGCUCGGUCGGUACCGACUGCACCCAGACCCGAUUCGACCGUCGCGUUUGGACUAUGGAAUCUCACGUUCUCCCGGUCCAUAUCCGCCCUCAGCGGCUCCAGCCGGGGAUCGGAUUCGGUUCGGGGCCGAGCGGCAGUGGAACGCUCCGCUCCUCCUCCGCCUCGUCGUCUCUCCGGCCCGGAGUGACGGUGCCCAUCCCUCCACUGUUGCCGUCGCCGCCGUCGCUGGCCGCCUGCUCGGGGCCUCCGCCGCCCCCGCCGCCGCUCCAGCUCCACAGCCUGUACGGAGGCGGCGGAGGAGUUGGCCUGGGUCUCCCCGCCACUGGCCACUCUAACCCCGGGAACCCGGGGGUGUUGAAGGAGGCGGUGGAGGCGGUGGUCCGCAGUUUUGCCAAACACACGCAGGGCUACGGGCGAGUGAACGUGGUGGAGGCCUUACAGGAGUUCUGGCAGAUGAAGCUGAGCCGCGGCGCCGACCUGCGCAACGGAGCGCUCGUGGUGUACGAGAUGGUGGCGGCCAGCAGCCCGCCGUACGUCUGCUACGUGAGCCUCCCGGGGGGCAGCUGCUUCGGAAGUUUCCAGUUCUGCCCCACCAAGGCGGAGGCCCGACGCAGCGCCGCCAAGAUCGCCCUCAUGAAUUCCGUUUUUAACGAGCACCCGUCGCGACGCAUCACCAACGACUUCAUCGAGAAGAGCGUCGGCGAGGCCUUGGCUUCCUUCAAUCGUUUUCCACAGGGAAACAGAGAGGAGGCCGACAACCCCAAUACAGGAAUCGGGGCGUUCCGCUUCAUGCUGGAAUCCAACAAAGGCAAAUCAAUGCUGGAAUUUCAGGAGCUGAUGACCGUCUUCCAGCUCCUCCACUGGAACGGAAGCCUGAAAGCCAUGAGGGAGCGCCAGUGUUCCCGUCAGGAAGUGCUGGCCCACUAUUCGCACCGGGCGCUGGACGACGACAUGCGGACGCAGAUGGCGGCCGACUGGGUGAACCGCGAGCAGAGCGUGGCCAGCACCGUCUCCCAGGAGCUCGCGGCCACCGAGCGCGAGCUGGAGGAGGCUCGGCUGGCCGGCCGCGAGUUGCGCUACUACAAGGAGAAGAAGGACAUCCUGAUGUUAGCCGUGGGCCAACUGAGCGCCGCCAACGCCGCCACGCUGCCCUCGCACUAAAAGAGUCCUCGGGUAACACCGCCCGAGGAUUACUACGAAAUGGCAUCCAGCCACAGAACAAGCCUUGAGUCGUAGCGUGUUACCUUUUGGUGCCUGACAUCGUUUGUUUUUGUCCAGUUGGCCAACCAGCUGCCUGGAGUUGACAUUAUUUUGUCUUGUCUCAUACAGCUGCCUUUAAAUGGUGAAUGUAUGUACAUUGUUGGGGAGACAUCUCUUGCAAGGCAAGGCAUUUGUCUGUCAGAUUCGUUGGAAUCAUUUUAAACAAUGUUACAGUUCAAUUUAUGUCAAGUGAACGUGGAGUUGAAAACUAAAGCUAAAAAAGAAGUAGUGUUGCGAAAAUCAAGUACGUACUGUGUGAAGUAGCCUCUCAGUCGGGACGUGUCACUGAAGCAUUAGACAUUGGUGCCCUCUGGUGGCACUUGGGGGCAUUUCAGAAAAAGCACAACCAUUGCUGGGAAGAGGCGACGCUUGACUGUACGAGGGCAAGGCAAACUGAUUGGAACUCCGCCUGGCGCCCGCAACCCUAAUUGUCAUUUCGCCUUAUUUCUCCACAUUUUCAUUUUGGUCCGCGCCCUCAUUCCAGAAGACGCAAACCCGCAAUUCACAUUGUUUGCUUUUAUCCCCCAAAAUGCCUCCCCUAAAUCACAUGCCCACCAAUUGCCGAAAUACAGUAUGCGAAAAUACGCGGAGCCUUUUAGUAUGACGGAAAAGUGUAGCACAGAAAGGAGGUUGGCAGUAUUAUGCAUGCAAAUUACGUUGUGCGAUUGUUUUAUUUUAUUUCGGUAGCUCUGACAGCAGCUCAGGUGUAGCAGUACUUACUUGUGACUUGGAAUGACUUCCAUGCCAUCGCAAUGUACAUUUUCACCGCAUUGUUCAGGAUGCCUGUGGUACGAGUGGGACAUGAUGCAUUUCAUGCUACAAAUGUGACAUACAGUAUUUCCCGGCUAAUUUGAACCGUCUGUUUUCUCCGUGUCAAAAUGAUUAGGGAAUUCAAGUCGGCAGCCUUGGGAAGUCAAUCCAAUUGCAAAUUGGGAGCAUGCGCGCUCAAGUCAUUUCCCUCAUGUGGUACAGACACAACAUUAGAUUAGGAAGGAUUGAAUCGUCCCCCUGACCACUCUUGAGGCAUGUUUGAUUCCCUACGGUAAUUUUAGUUUGUGCAGAAAGAGUGAACAUUCGACCAUUCAUUCGGGUGAUGUCAUGCUCACUCUAUUGGGCAGCUGAAAUACUCCUCCUCUUUAUACGCCCGGCCUUGCCUCUCACUUUAAGUCUUGGAUGAUCGUAUGAUCUCUCAUAUGGGGUACAGUAUGUCCAGGUAAGCAGGAGAUAUGUUACUUCAGCCAUUUCUGUCUGCUUUCUUGUUUUAUUUCUGCUUCUGUUCUUUGAUGCGACAGUGCAUAUAAAAAGUCCAUACACCCCUGCAGAUCAUGGCUCGUGCUGUGAUGUGACUGCAAAAAUGUCACGGAAAGCCUACUUGAACAUCAGAACUGUGUUUGGGGUUACCCGGAGGCACUUCAAAUUGUGACAGGUGUGUGCCGACUUAUUGAACAUGAGUUUGCCUGUGAUUAAUUCAUUCAGAAAUAAGCCAAGUGCCCAAUUAUAAAAAAGGCCUGCACACUUGUGCACUCACAACGCCUUUAUUUUUAUUCCCUUUACAAAAGGUACAGGUCACAUUUACACCGCACAAAGUUUUGAAACGAUUUACCUUACUAUUUUUUGUAUGUCGCAAAAACCUGACAUUUGCAAAGGGGUGUUUAGACUUUCUCUAUCCACUGCAUCUUCUGCCUUUGGUGCAUGAUGUUUCUGUGAUGUCUUUUAACCGAACAGUAUUGGUAAUUUUGUAAAGGAUUUCUCAAGGUCAUCAUGGUGUGUAUUUUAUAUGCCCGUUUUUGUAUUCACUGUUUAUACAUUUAGUAGAUUUAUAUAUAAUAAAAUACACAAUGAUCCAUGUUUACA